UUGCGCAUUUAAAAAAAUGUAAGAAUCUGACGUUUCUUGUCAAAGGGGCGUACAAAUCAUCAACAAAACAUCGCGACGCCAUUUUGUGUAUGUAAUAAAAUCAAAAACAGAAUCAAGAUUUGUACAAAUCAUCUUCGGUAUUUUUCAAACCAUAUUGGAAGUAAUGUUUCUGUGAUAAAUAGGGUGUAUUGAAUAGGACGAUAUUUUCUUUGUGAUAUGUGGUAAAGUUUCUUUGUGUUGAUUUUUUGAGGAUAUAGAACUUAAUUUAUAGAAAAAAAACCAUCCUCGAUAAAGAUGAGUACAAAGGACGAUGAAUAUGACUAUUUAUUCAAAGUGGUCCUUAUUGGAGAUUCUGGCGUAGGAAAAAGUAACUUACUAUCAAGAUUUACUAGAAAUGAAUUCAAUUUGGAGUCUAAAUCCACUAUAGGUGUUGAAUUUGCAACAAGAAGUAUACAGGUGGAUGGCAAAACCAUCAAGGCACAAAUAUGGGAUACCGCCGGUCAGGAGAGGUACCGCGCCAUCACGGCAGCCUACUAUCGAGGCGCUGUAGGCGCCCUCCUAGUCUACGACAUAGCUAAGCAUCUCACCUACGAGAACGUCGAACGUUGGUUACGUGAACUUCGAGAUCACGCCGAUCAGAACAUCGUCAUCAUGUUGGUAGGCAACAAGUCAGACCUCAGGCAUCUCAGGGCCGUGCUGACGGAUGAAGCGAAGGGUUUUGCCGAAAGGAAUGGACUAUCGUUUAUCGAAACGUCUGCUUUGGAUUCCACGAAUGUCGAUAUGGCUUUCCAGAACAUACUCACUGAGAUUUAUAGAAUCGUCUCCCAAAAACAAAUAAGAGACCCUCCCGAGGGUGAUACUAUCCGACCACAAAACGUAGAGCAAAUAGAUGUGAAACCAACAAUGAAUUCUGACGGUGUACGCAAACAGUGUUGUCAGUAAUAACCGAUUGUUAGCAAUACUAUGCAUGUUACACUAAUCAUGGGAUUUCAGCAGGUAGCGCUGCCUUGUCCAAUUCACUUCAGCUACUGUUUCCUUUUCGGUUCAUUUUAUAUAUCCUCAAACCUGUUUGAAUGCUGAAAUUGUGCUGUGACAGAGCGGAUACCAUUUUUUGCUGUGCACUUAGUAUGCUGUCGAUUUGAGUUUGUAAAUUGUUCGGUACUUUAUAUUUUUAAAAAAAUAUAUAAAUAUCUUUGACUGUUAGGGAGUUGAAAAUUUAUCUGUGCAGAAAUCUCGACACACGCACACCAUCGUUUGUCUAAUGAUUUUGCCUCCUGUGAGAUUUUUAGUAGUUGAAUUAUUUCGGACUCGUAGUUAUAUCCGUGGGAAGUGUAGAUAAAUAAACUUUCUGUUAUAGUAUAUUGUUCAGCUGGCCAUUACGGUUAUUUCAUUUGGACUUCUGGAACAAAUGCAAUAAUUGUUGUCAAAUGUAAUAUAAGCUUCUUUAUAAAAA